AUGGAUCUGCUUGACCAGUGGGACCCAGAAUAUGAGGAUAUCGGCACGCUUGAUCUGGAUGAGAUUUAUCAAGAACUGAGUCGCCUCGAUGCUUUUGAGCAACUCAUAAGAUCGAAACAAGGGAGGGAUGGUCCUGACUAUCCCGACAAGGAAGUUGAAGAUGAUAUCAAUGCUGAAAAGGAUGGCGAGGAGGCUUCCGUGCAGGACAACCUAGAGGAGACCCGAAAGAACAUCGUACUCAAUGACAUCCGCACACGCCGCAUCGCUCUUCGAGCUGGGGCAAUGGAACUUUCCCGCGCGAAGAUCCGACCGAUGACGAUAGUUGAUUUGCCUGCGGAUAUUCUCCUCCAGAUUUUCGGUUACUUCAAGGACGCCAGGAUCGGAAAGCAGGCCCAAAUUGACUGGAGGUCGCCGCUCAGGGGCUGGGACGAAGAUGAUGCCCGUAGGGCUGCCCACGAGACCAUCCGGCAAAUUCGCCUGGUCUGCAGCCUGUUCAACGACCUGGCGUCUCCGCUGUUGUGUCCGAUCCUCCGCAUAGAUCUUGACCAGGACUCGCUGAACGGGGCUGUGGAGUUGCUCAAACGUCCCCGGAUAGCACAAGGUGUGCAUGCUAUUCAAGUCGGACUGCAGUAUCGCCCGCAGGAGCUUGUCUCGGACUGUCCGCGAUUCAAGGACCACUGCAAGAAGGAAUUAGAGAAAAUAGCUGAUUUGUGUGAAUGGUACACUGACACCUGGCUGGAGUUGGGGUUCGAUUCGGAUGAUGAAUUGGUCUGUGAGCUACCGAAGAGGGUAUAUCGCGCAUCGACGCGUUAUUGCUCUAUAAUCAGUCGUUCGUGGGACGACUAUUUUAACUCUGACGAAAGUGACGAGAAUGAAGAGAAUGAUGAUAUCACUGAAUCCGAGGCGGAUGAAUACAUGGAGAUUCUCGUCAACGGCUAUAACGAAUAUCUCAAAAAGCAUAACGAGCAACUACAGCUCAUCAUGACUGGAUCGUUCGUCACCACGGUUGCAUCUUGUAUCUACCAGAUACCCAACGUGGUUGCCCUCGGCUUCACCGACGCAGUGAAUCUACCAUAUUAUCGGUUUAACCCGCUAAUUUUGCCUAGAGAUAAGAGUUUUCUCCCCGAAUUCUUGAGUGCAGCGCUGGAGUGGAAAGCAAUUGAGGAUGUGAACGAUACCAAACUCACUCCGGGCGAUGUCAAACUUACGCCCGCCAGGAUCUUGUUCGAAUUGCCGAUUGCCAUACACAAAACCGGAGCCACCCUGAGAGAUCUGUAUAUUGGAGCAUUCCCAUGCCGAGGCAGCUUUUCUCAGAUCUGUCCCGAUACUGUGAGCAAUCCCACCGAUCCUGCAGCAUGGUCUGAUCUUCGAGCUGCAUAUAGCAGCCUCCGCAGAGUCAGCUUCGGAUCGUAUCUCAACCACCGUUCCAUCCGGCACGAGCAUCUCCAACCAGUAGAUAGGUACUAUGUCGACCAGUACGUUGGCGCAAUACUGUGCGGUGCGGAGCUGCAAGAUGUGCGGAUGAGCUUCAUUUCGUUGGGGCUCAAUGAUGGCCGGACCACAAUGGAGGGCUGGUACGACCUAGGUCCUGUUCUUGCUGCAGUCAAAUGGCCGCGGAUCAAACGUUUGGCGAUCCUCAACGUCUCCUCAAAGCAAGAUGAUCUACAAAAGUUCUGCUCCGGGAUGCGUGACUCAAUGAUCUCCCUUCAAUUGUCCAGCAUACAGCUUUUGAACGGUAGCUGGGCAGGGAUUCUGGCCAUAUUGGACGAGAAGGUUGGGUAUAGAUUCCCCGAACAGAAAGCCACUGGCUAUUUGAGUUCUCUGAGAGGGGGAGAGUUUGGAGAAGAGGAGGUCAGGGAAAGGAGCAUCUUCGAUGGCUUGGAUAGUGACUCGGAUGAGCCUGAACGACUCCCUCCGGCAGGGCAGCUGUUGAAGCAGCUGCACCCUUCACUGUUCACACCCCGGUAG